CUCGAUGCAAGACUCAUGCAAAAGGGCAAAGAUGUUUAAACUCCCUCUGCAGCUCCUGGAGGGUAGACGUCCACAGGAAACGCGUUGUCAUAACGCACCCAACUCAAGCAACCUAGGAUUACGAUGGAUGUUGCUGACGCUCCUGCUCUGCGAACUACGCGACCUCUCUUUGUGCGCCAGUGUGGCAGAAGCCAAAGUUAAACAUGAGGGACUUUGUCCCAACAAGCUGAACUCCAAUCUCUGGGUUGAUGCGCAAAGCACCUGCGAGAGGGAAUGCACUGUCGAUGAGGACUGUGCUGACUUUGAGAAAUGCUGCACCAAUGUAUGUGGCCUCAACAGCUGUGUGUCUGCACGUUUCUCCGAUGGCUCUUCUGCUCAGCCAGAUGGACUGGGUGGAGGAGAUGGAGAUGAAAACCAAAACACUAACGCAACCUGUGAGGGCUUUAUCUGCAGCCAGCAAGGAGCCACUUGUGACAUCUGGGAGGGGCAGCCCAUCUGCAAGUGCCAGGACCGGUGUGAGAAAGAGCCCAACUUCACCUGUGCCUCAGACGGACUCACCUACUUCAAUCACUGCUACAUGGAUGCAGAGGCCUGUGUCCGCGGGGUGACUCUGACUGUGGUCGCCUGCCGGUUCUACCUCACCGGGCCCCACACCAGUCCUCCGCCUCAGGACACCACCGCCAAUCCCACCCCUACAUCCUCCCAGGAGGACCCUCUGCCUCCCGCACUGUACUCCAACCCUCACCAUCAAUCCACUUAUGUCGGAGGCACCGUCAGCUUCCACUGCGACGUCAUUGGACUCCCCAAGCCUGAUGUGACAUGGGAGAAACAGAGUGAACGGCGAGAACGUCUGGUCAUGAGGCCUGACCAGAUGUACGGCAACGUGGUCAUCACCAACAUCGGACAGCUAGUCAUUUACAACGCCCAGGUGUGGGACACGGGUAUCUACACCUGCAUCGCACGGAACUCUGCAGGGGUUCUUCGUGCAGACUUCCCUCUCUCUGUCGUCCGCCGGGCUGCUGAUGAUUUCUUUGACGAUCCUGAGAUGCCCAUGGGGAGACCGUUCUCACCGGCAGACUGUCUGGCGGAAGCAGAUCUGAGGGUGUGCAGUGGUGAGCGCCACGUGGACUGGUAUUAUGAUAGCAAGCAGGGCUCCUGCAUGGCCUUCAGCAACGGUGGAUGCGACGACAGCCGCAACCGCUUCGAGACCUACGAGGAGUGCAAGGCCUCCUGUCAGAGGGAGAGGACGGGCGUCUGCUCCCUACCUGCUGUUCAGGGCCCCUGCAAGUCCUGGGAGGCACGUUGGGCCUGGAAUUCGGUCAUGAAACAGUGCCAAGGCUUCGGCUACGGCGGCUGCCAUGGGAAUGCCAACAGCUUCCGCGACAAAAAGGAGUGUGAAGCAAACUGCCCACAGCCGAAAAGGAAACCUUGUAAGCCCUGUCGGGUGAAGGGGAAAAUGGUGCCCAGCUUAUGCCGCAGUGACUUUGCCAUUGUAGGGCGGCUGACAGAGCUGGUGGAGGAUCUGGACUCUGGGUUAGCACGCUUCAGCCUGGAUGAGGUCCUGAGAGACGAGAAGAUGGGAUUGAGUUUCUUCAACACCAAACACCUUGAGGUGACGAUCGCCAAGAUAGACUGGAGCUGUCCCUGCCCAAACAUCACCAUGGAGGAAAACCCACUGCUGGUGAUGGGGGUGGUGCAGGACGGCAUUGCCAUCAUCCAAUCAGACAGCUACGUCAGAGCCGUGACUGAACGCCGACUCAAGAGGCUGCGUGAGGUUUUGGGCAAAAAGACCUGCAGGGCAUCGUAGAGCUCCCCGGGCACGCGGCCUUGUUCCUCCACAGUGUCUGUGGCUCACUUUUAGCACUGAAGAUAAACAUUUUCAACAAGAAGAAACUAAUAUUUAAUUACAAAGGCAAAAAUAUGUUUAAUACUGUGUGUUAAUGUAGUUGUGAGAGAUCAACACAGUACAACACAGGUUGUACAACAUUCCAAAUGUGUUCGAGGUGUGGUGUGCGUCCAUUUAUACAAAUGGUCCUUUUAAAAUUAGUUUUAAUACAAAUGUUCUGUUUGUCAUGUUUUCUCUGUUUGUGUUUUACAAAAAUGACUUGCCUGUGAUGCUAAAAAUAGA